CUGGACGAUCGUGGGGGCGGUCAGAGGGGCUGCCCUUUCCACCUCCAUUCACUCCCUGCAAGACUGAUGUUGCGUCUUUCAAUCUCAUUGUGCCGUUCCGUUCGCUUGUUUCGCUGUCCGGUGAAAAUCGACCUGAAUGAGAGUUUGUCCAAUUGUUGCAAGAGGUUUGUUUUGUUUCUCAAGGCAAAUAUUGCAUGCAACCCGAGUGCAUGUUUUACACGCUUUUCUGGGAUUUGUUUUUUUCAGCGGAUGGGGAGCCCGUUUUGAUUUUCGAAAUUGCUACAACUCUUUGUGCGCACACAGACAAACCUGACUUCCAUAAUGUUUACGCACAAAACGGACUGCUACAUUUGAAAACCGACUUCAGAAUUUCAAGAUUUAAAAGGAUGAAUGGAUUUACUCGCUGGGGGACACAUGCAAAAGAGCAAUAAUGUUUAAAAUCCCUUUACAACUUUUGGAGCACAGAUGCAUACAGGAUCCACGUCUGGAUAUUAAUGGGCCAAACACAAAUAAAAUAGGAUGGAUUCGUGCGUGUUUGUUGAUACUCCUGAUUUGCAAAUUACCCGAACUUUCUUUGUGUACAAGUGUGGCAGGAUCCAAAGUUGAACACGAAGGAUUUUGUCCCAACAAGCUGAAUUCCAACCUCUGGGUUGAUGCGCAAAGCACCUGCGAGAGGGAAUGCAACGUUGACGAGGACUGUGCUGACUUUGAGAAAUGCUGCACCAACGUGUGUGGUCUCAACAGCUGUGUGGCUGCACGUUUCUCCGAUGGCACUCCUGCCCAGCCAGAUGGGGAAGGAGUAACUGAAGCCCCCAUUUCCACAGCUACCUGCGAGGGCUUCAUCUGCAGCCAGCAAGGGGCCACCUGUGGCAUCUGGCUGGGACAACCCAUCUGCAAGUGCCAGGACCGGUGUGAGAAAGAGCCCAACUUCACCUGCGCCUCAGAUGGCCUCACCUACUUCAACCGCUGCUACAUGGACGCAGAGGCCUGCAUCCGCGGGGUGACAAUAACCGUGGUCCCCUGCCGCUUUUACCUGGCCGGGCCCCCCACCAGUCCACUGCCUCAGGACACUACGGCCAACCCCACCCCUACAUCCUCCCAGGAAGACCACAUGUUCCCAAUGCUGUACUCCAACCCACACCACCAAUCUGUCUACGUAGGAGGCACAGUGAGCUUCCAUUGUGAUGUGACUGGAUCCCCAAAACCUGAUGUAACAUGGGAGAAGCAGAGCGAACGGCGUGAGCAGCUGGUCAUGAGGCCCGACCAGAUGUACGGCAACGUGGUCAUCACCAACAUCGGUCAGCUCGUCAUAUACAACGCCCAGGUGUGGGAUACAGGUAUCUACACUUGCAUUGCGCGGAACUCUGCGGGGGUUCUUCGAGCAGACUACCCUUUGUCCGUGAUUCGCCGGGGACUUGACGACUUCUCUGAAGACCCUGAGAUGGCCAUGGGGCGGCCCUUCUCGCCAGCAGACUGCCUGGCUCCCGUAGACUUGAGAGUGUGCAGCAGCGAGCGGCACGUGGACUGGUUUUACGACGGCAAGCUGAGCACCUGCGUGGCCUUCAGCAACGGCGGAUGCGAUGAUAGCCACAACCGAUUUCAGACUUACGAGGAGUGCAAGGCCUCCUGUCAGAGAGAGGGGAUGGGCAUCUGCUUCCUGCCUGCUGUCCAGGGCCCCUGCAAAUCCUGGGAGCCACGUUGGGCCUGGAGUUCUGUCCUGAAACAGUGCCAGGCCUUUGCCUACGGCGGCUGCCAUGGGAAUGCCAACAGCUUCAACAGCAAGAAGGAGUGCGAGGCCAACUGCCCACAGGCCAAAAAGAAACCUUGCAAGGCCUGUCGGGUGAAGGGGAGAAUGGUUCCCAGCUUGUGCCGGAGUGACUUUGCUAUUGUGGGGCGGCUGACAGAGCUGGUGGAGGAUCUGGACUCUGGGUUAGCUCGCUUUAGCUUGGAGGAGGUCCUGAGAGAUGAAAAGAUGGGAUUGCAUUUCUUCAAUACCAAGCACCUGGAGGUGACCAUCGCCAAGAUAGACUGGAGCUGUCCGUGUCCUAACAUCACCAUGGAGGAAAACCCUCUGCUGGUGAUGGGUGUGGUGCAGGACGGCAUUGCCAUCAUCCAAUCAGACAGCUACGUCAGAGUCAUCACUGAACGCAGACUCAAGAAGCUACGUGAUGUUCUGAAAAAAAAGAACUGUGUAUAGAAAUCCCAGGAGUCAGACUUCACCUUAAGCACUGAAACCAGGAUUCCAAUAAGAAAAGCUGAUAUUUAAUUAUGAGUCUUGAAAUCAAAAGACACAAAAUGUGUUAAAAUACUUUAGGUUUAAGGAAUAUUUCCCCCUCAAAAUGACCAUCAGUUGCUCACACUAUUACCUUGAACGUUUUUGUUCACAGAGAAGGCUUGUGGGAUGAACAAACUUUUGUUCAAGAACAUGUUUUAUUUUGUCGGGAAGUAUUCCUUAAAUUAAGACAUGAGAUAUAUUGUAUAUAUAUUAAUUACAACAGAGGUUGUACUACAUUCCAGGUGUGUUGCGAGCCUAAUAAUACCAAUGUUAUUAUGUUAUUUUUUAAAUAAGAUCAAAUAUAGAUGUUCUUUUUUAAAAUAAAUAUAUUCAUGUUUUUGAAAAAUAGAAUAGUAGGCAGAAGUAAAGCCACACUUGUAAAAAUGCUUAGCUAGACAUCUAUAUUACUUCAAUAUUAUGUUUUUCUAUGAAAUUGUAUACAUUUGAUUCUAUAUUAGCCUUUUUUACAUAGGUGUUAUAUAUAGUUUUUCUUUUGUUAUUAAUGAUUUCAAUACCUUAUAAGCAGCACGUUCUCUUUUGAGUAUCUCCCUCUGCAAAGCACUUCUGCUAACUUAGAAAUAGAAAGGAGUAGGUGGCUGUAUGGAGGUAAAAAAAGUACAAAGACAUCAUAUCAGUGAGCAUGUUUUACUCAAGUGUGCAAUACAGAAGAAUAUAAUAGAGUAGAUGGAGUAGUAUGUCAGGUCUGAGUAAACAAUUGCGUUGAUGUCAAUGUGUACCAGAAU